AUGAUGAUAAAGUCCUCCGUCUCCAAGGCAUGCCUUGUCCUCUUUGUCUCCUGCCUCCUCAUCACCCCAUCAGCGGCACUGUGGCAUACCCGAGCCAAGCCGGUCGUUGGUACUACCACUACCUGUUCUGCCAAUUCUGGCGGAACCUGUGGUGUCAAUGAUGGCAAUAACAGCAAUAAUGAGACCUACUCGAAAUUUCACUACAAGACCAACGAUAAUGACGGCUCAAGAAACUUGCACCAAAUCCUCUUGUUUGUCUCUGCCGUCUUGUCGUUGGGUAUCUCCAUUGGCAUUUACAUGGGCAAAAGCAGCAGCAGCAACGCCACCAGCAAGAGCAAGACUGGCCGAGAGAGCAUUAUCAGUGACACCCUGUCCAUCUUUUCGUCCGGGUCCAACAAGAGCAGCAAACAGAAGAAGCACACGCCCAAGGUCCAAAUCAUCACCAAGGGAUUUGAUACCGUCUUGCGACGCAUGAAUGGAGCGGAUGUCGCAUUUGAUGGGAUCCAACUCCAACUGACGCAAAAGGUCAAAAAGGGCAGUGAUCAGCCAGCCACACGAAUGCUGUUGGAUGGCAGUUUUCGGGGGAGAAUCAAGUCGGGACGCAUGGUAGCCAUCAUGGGGCCGUCCGGAGCUGGAAAGUCCGUCUUUCUCCACGCUUUGGCUGGCCGCAUCAAGGCCGACAGCAAACUCGCGUUACAAGGCGACCGGUACUUGAACGGUCAAGUCCAACCUCCGGAUGCCGUCCUCCCGGCUGCCUUUGUCGAACAAGAAGUCAACUUUUUCCCUCGCAUGACGGUUCGCGAGACACUGGCAUUUCGUGUCGCCCUUCAUUACGGCGACUUGCUCGAUAAGGACGCCCAACAAGCUCGUGUCAGCGAUCUCUUGUCUCAGCUGGGUUUGGAUAUCUGUGCCGACACGAUUGUCGGUGAUCAAAAAGUCCGGGGCAUAUCCAGUGGAGAACGCAAACGGUUGUCCAUUGCCGUGGAAAUGAUCUCGUCGCCCGAUUUGGUCUGUUGUGAUGAACCGACAUCCAAUUUGGAUUCUACCGCGGCGGCUGUUGUCGUCGACAAGUUGCGACAAAUGGCCGUCAAGGGCAAGACCAUUCUCUGUGUCAUUCAUCAACCCAGUGCCAUGAUUUUCUCGCAAUUUGACGAUGUCCUCCUCGUCAGUCAAGGCAAACAAAUGUACUUUGGACCCGUCUUUGGCAUUCGCAAGUACAUGGAAGAUCUGGGAUACUUGCCCGAAGACGAAACGGGAACCCCGGAAUUCAUUUUGGAUUGCGUCUCGCCCAUUCCCAGCAUGUGGGAAAUCCCCAAGGAAGCCGAAGAUCGAUUGCAAGUCUUGGCCAAGGCAGCCAUGAAGCAAGCGGCGGAUAUGGAUUUGGGGGUCAAGAAUGGCGAUGGAAUGGCGGAAUCUUCCUGUCCGUCACUACUGGGCGACAGUACCGCCAGUCUCGAUUCGGAUUGUCCCCGUACCAGCAUGUGGACGCAAUUCAAACUACUGUUGCAGAGAGCCGUUGCCGAAAACUUUCGGGGCAAGGAUGUCAUUAUGAUCAAGACUACGCAACAGGCGGUAGUGGCAAUCAUCUACGGUGCCAUUUACAGUUUGGGCCACAAUCAGGCAUCCAUUCUGGAUCGAUUUGGAUUGUUGUCCCUGACAUCGAUUGGUGGGGCCAACAUGGCCAUUGCCACGGCAUUGCGCAGUUUCCCCAAAGAAAAAACCAUUGCCGGGGCCGAGAUUGCCAUUAAGCAGUAUCGAGCACUCCCGUACUUUGCCGCCAAGGCCAUUUCCGAACUCCCUCUGGUCUUUUUUUACAAUGGUGUCAUGGGUAUCAUUCUCUUUUUCGCAACCGGCAUGAAUCCCGAUCGAUUCUGGACGUUCCUCGGACUGAUUACGUUGCAUUCCUUGGCGUCGGAAGCGUCCGGGAUGGCAGUGGGGGCAGUCAGUCCCAGUUCGGAGGUUGCCUUGGCUGUCUUUCCCGCCAUUUUGAUCUUGAAUGUCAUUUUUGAUGGCCGCAACAUUUCCAUUGAGAAUACCCCGUUUCUACUGCGCUGGAUUCCCAAAGUGUCCCUCAUCCGCUGGGGAUUUGAAGGGUUGGUUGUCAAUGAGUUUGAAGGUUUGGAAUUCGAUGCCACUGAUUCGGAGGGCCCAGCGGCGGCCACUGGCAAGCAAGCCUUGGCAAUGUUUGGUAUGGACGACGCGAGCGUCGAGGAUGCGGUCCAGGCGGAAGCCACCAUUAUGAUCGCAUGCUGGUGCUUGGCGUACUUGGGCUUGACCCUUACGAAACAGAGGUUUGUGACGAUGCAACCAGUCCGGGGGUAA